CAGCUAAAGUGCAUAAUUACUGUGUAUGAUCUGCUUCGUGCGGUUUCUUGAUGUAGUUCACAUUGUAGUUUUGAUAUCCACCAGUUCCGCCAGAAGUGAGUCAUCUUCUUGUAGCGGAGGAGCAUUAGUGUAUUGCAGACUGCUUCUUCUUCUUGCAAUACGAAUACAGUCUUCGUUGCAGCUGCUGUAGCUUUUGGUUUUCCGGUGCGAGGAGUAUCAGCAUUUCCCCGACCAUGAAAAAGCUCAUCUCCAAGUUCACUUCCCCGUCGGGGAAGUCGCCGUCCGCGGUGCAUCCGUCUCCCAGCAUGGGUGUCAUUCCUUCGUCCACUUCCACCAACGCCUUUGGAGAUCGGAACUCCCCGAUGAACCCAGGUCACAACAAGCGUGGCAGUUCCGCGAGUUGCAGUGCUUCGCCUGUGAUGGAGCGGAGUGCGUCCUACGCCGGCGCCGGCACAGCAAGCAGUUCCACCAACGCAGCACACCAUGACCACAAAGAAGGAACUUCUGCUCAACACCCGCAGCCCCUGCCUUCCCAGCACAUCAACUCGACAUCGAAACGGCCACAGGCGCUGUCCUCCUCCUCCAAGCGGAGCUCCGCAGUUGGGACGGGAAAUUCCCGACGGCAGUCCAUUGCGGAAACGCAGCAGAUGCUCCGGAACAUAAUCCCGCCGCAGGGGAACAGCACCUUUCCCUCGUCGCAACAACACGCCGGCACGGGCUCAAUCAACAACAAUCUGCUGCUGUCGGCGAAUUCGCCGAACCAGUCGAAGAAAGUGGGCGGAAAAAUCGAAAACCCGUGCCCGAGCCCCUCCAUGAGCAUGGUGUUGCAAAAUGGAGGCGCGCUGCCCGGGAACCCAGGGAACAAUGCGAUGAACGGUGCGGCGGGUGGUGGAAAUAGUUCUAAUCGGAUGAUGAACGUCGCGCCAGCGAACAGCGUCAGAAACUCCAUGAACGCAGGAAACAACAACUCCCAGCAACUAGGAGCGGGCACAACUACAGGUUCAAAACCGAUGCGGCAGCUAUCCCACGGGGAAAUCCACACUGCGUCGAACAAAUUGGGGGAUGCAAUGAAACAGAACGGCGUCGGAUCGAUUUCUACUUCGAGAUCAGCCGGGCAAUUUCAGCGCAUGUCGGAAUCCACGAUGCAGAAUCUCACGCCGGAUAAGAUCGUCAGUCCGCAGAGAGACGAAGGCGGCGGAGAUGGACCGAGCAAAACUUUUGCUUCGGAUGGGGGCGACGUGGUGUUCAACAUAAACAUCGUGGCGCCAAGGUACUUCAUUAAUUUGAAAAAAUGCAACAUGCUUUUUGGUGUUUUUUUGCAUUUGCUGCUUUCGACAUACAAGAACGCCUGAAACAGAACAAGAAACACUCUGAUGCAACAAGGCGCACAUCAAAUCAAGCGAACACAAAACCAGAUCCGGUGCCUCCCGGAGUAGUAGCUCGGGCAUGCUGCGAUCCUCCUCAGAAUCGGACGACGACGACGAGGACGAUGACGACCGAAAAUUUCAGAUUGAAGACGAGAAACGCCGGUCCAUCACCGGAGUGGGCAAGCGGUCGUCGAUGAAUCUGAAUGCGAAGGAGACGACCGACCUACAGACGAAAAUCAAGACGCAGACGCUGAAGAUCCAGGAAUUAGAAGCGACGAGCAGGAGGGAUUCCUUUCGAGCGGACAGUGCGGAAGCAGAAGUGGAAAGAUUGCAGAUGGAGGAGAAAAGUAUAUUGGCGUUGCAUUUUUUAUCCGAGAUUGUUUUCUGUCGUGCCAAGUCUGAGGAUCUGCACAGAAAAGGUUGAAAAUGAAAAAAAAAAAAUGUACUUGCAGCAGCAGCCUGAGCUUGACCUCACGGGUCAGAUUUUUCUUGUCGCGCAUGCAAAAGCAAAACGUAAAACAGUGCGCAAGAUCCAGAUCCAGAAGCUGGAAGAGGAAUUGAGACGACAGAAACUGGGGGAAAACCCGUACUCAACCACCUCCUCCAGUGACUCGGAUGACGACGAUGAUUACUCGGACGAAGAGAACAACCAAGGGGGCUUUACGAUUGUGCGCACCAACACGGAGGGGAGAGACCAGACGUCCGAAGUGAUAACCAGGUAACUUCUUUGUUUUAUGUAGCUUUGACGACGUCGUAAGACUAAGACUACGAUGAUGAGAUGAUGACACGACAGUCGUGUCGUCAUCUCAUCAGUUGUGCCACCAUCUGCCUUGUUGUUUAGUCAUAGUCAUUUUUAUUUACGAACCAAAUUUCCAGGCUCGACCCCACCCGCAGCGUCGACUUGAAAAACAAGGACGGAUCCUGCCGCGCCUCCUCCAGUUCGCAAGCACAGAAACAGAACAAACGGGACAAAAAACGGAACAAAAACAAACCCGGAGGAGGCGUUGGAGGAGCGUCCUCCUCUGCCAAUAAUCCCAAUGCAGUAGCAGGUGCUAGUGCCGCUAGCGGCGGUGCAGCAGCGUCUGACGCACGGGUGAAGAAAUUAGAACGGGAAAUCGCUUUGGUGCGCAAGCAGGGGGUAGAGAAGGACCACGAGGUCAUCAGAUUGAAAUCUGAGGUCGAAGUGUUAAAGAACAAGUGCAAAGCGACGACCCAAACGCGAGUCCAGAUCGAGAAAAUGCGGAACGAAAUGACCGAGCAGCAGAAGAAAAACGAGCAGAGUGAGCAGAAGCUCAAGCAGCAAAUCCAGCAUUGGCAAAACCAAGUGGCGAAAUUUCGGAAGUUGAAUACAGUAGUGGAGAACGUCCGUGCGGAGUUGAGUGGCAGCGGGAACGGCGGAAUUCCCGGGGGAGCAACUGGGCCUGGCGGCAGCGAGGACGGCUGUUUGAGUACAAUUUUUUGUUGCCAAUUUUUUCGUGUUGUUCUAGAGCUUAAAUUCUUUUCGGUCGUCUGUUGAUGUUGGUUUCUCCUAUUUUCUCUGUUCUGGUCUUGCCACGGUUUCUCGUUUCAUGCCAUACUGGAUCUCCGUCAACAAAUAUUCGAAGGAGUGAAAACUAGUACUAGGAAAUCACGUAGUAGUACACCAUGGCUGCACUACGAUUACGAUUUGUACUUCAUGAUCCAUGCGUUAUUGUACAAACUACAACCACGACAUCAGCCCUCGCUUGCCAGAACCUGGUUAGCCACCAGCAAGGCGACGAAACGACUACGAACGCACUGUCCUUCGAAAUCGCGCGCGACAUGAAGGUGUGCGACUACCUGCGCCAAGAGCUCCUGUCCGGGGAGCUCGCCACGCGGCGGUCCAUCGUUUCCCAGAUGCCGUCGGCUUGUCAGAGCCGGAUCAUGUCUCGCCAGGGCUCGCUCUCCAAGUUAAACAAAAGCGGCGCCGCGACCAAGAAUAACGGAAGCAAGCUGGGCAGUCGGCUGGGUAGCAGAACGAACAGUAACGACCAGCUUGGCUCUGGCGGCGCUGCAGGUAGUUCUGGGACUACUGCGGGUGGAGCAGGUGGAACAACGAACACUAGUAGUGCCGGCAAUGCUGGAGCAGCACCAGCGGGUGCCGUAGCAAGUGCAGCUGGUGGUGGAGAACAAAAUCACAAUCAGCAGUCCAGUGCGAGUGCUCCUGCCGCAGCUAGUACAACGACUGCAGUGUCGGCAACUUCGAAGCCAGCGGGCGGGAGUACUAGUGCGACAGCUCCCGCGAAUGUCAAAAUUACAGCGCCGCAGUCUACUGCAUCCAAGUAGACGAAAUGAGAUCGCGGCCGUCGACAACAUGACCGACUAGUGAUAGAUAGUGUUGUACCAAGAAAUAGGAGCAAUAAUUCUUUCAACAGACUGGUGACGAGAAGCUGCUUUUUAGUUUUUAUCCAGUGGUUGAUCAACAACUCACGUUUGGAAGCUUCUCCUUUUUAUGUUUCGGUUGAUGUAUGAUAGAGAUUGCGUUUCAUCGCUGCAUUUCAUUGUUCAGUAUCGAGAAGAAAUACUGAUGGCUAAAAGUAAAAAUUCAUACAGUGUCAUGAAGUAAUACGUGAGGCUGCGGCCGCGAAAGACAAAAGAGAAAGACGCCUCGACUUUGGUGUCAUUGACGUGCUGCAUCAUGAAAUCCUUUUACUUAAUUUCGAAGUGAGAGAAGCGAAGUUCUUGUGUAAAGACAUGGACAACUACACCAUAAGUGCCCGGAGGUGAUGACGAAAACACACUUCACAUUGUAGCAGGUAUGGAUUCGGACGAGUUUUAGAGUUUCAGUUUCACUUUUACAUGAACGACAAAGACACCUCCUUUGCGCUAAAAGCAUGUGGUGCGAGAUGAAGGAGGAUAGAGCAAAACAUUCACGCAAAAAUGGCUCUAUAAUCAAUGAAGAUUCACUUGUUGGUUUUCGAGAACA